AUGUCCAAACAGAUAUUCCAGAACUCGAUAAUAAACGCCAUUCAAGGGUUUGUGGAAAUGUUCAAAGAUGAGGAUCCAGACAUUCGUCAGGCGGGCAUUACGUUGCUCGGCCAAGUGGCGCAGUAUGAAUGGCUCCAAGACAUGAUCAAAGAUGGGGUCCCUCAACUGGUCGAUAUGUUUGAUGACUCAUCGUGGUGGAUUCGUCAGGAAGCCGUUGUCACAUUCGGACAGCUGGCUCAGCACGGUCAGUGCUUCCUAGAAUGGCUUCGCAAUACCAUCAAAGAAGCCAUUCCCCAACUUGUGGCUAAGCUUCAAGACUCGGAUAUAGAUGUUCGUCGAGCGUCCUCCGCCGCCCUGGGGCGGCUAGCUCACCAUGAAUCUCUUCGUAAUAUGAUCAAGAGCACGAUUCCCCGUCUCAUUGAGAUGGUGAAAGACUCACGUUAUGGCCCGCGUGAAGGAUCUGCAGCAGCGUUUGGAAAGUUGGCCCAACAUGAUUGGCUUCUAGAUCACGUAGAGGAUGUCAUUCCCCAUCUUAUGGGUAUGCUCAGGGACUCAUACUGGGGGGUUCGGGAGUCUGCCAUACUUGUAUUCAAAGAAUUGGCACAACGUG